GAUUCUCACAGAUGUUUUUAUUGAAAAUUUAAUCAUCACUAUAUAAAUAAGAUAUGGUAGUUUUUAUUGGACAGCCUUCUUUUAAAUGAUAAUCACUUUGGUAACUGUUGAAUGAGAUAAAGAGAACAAUGGAUUGUAAAAUACAUAUCAGUGAUGAUUUUUUAGUACCAAUAACAUUGGAUAUUUAUGAUUCUUGUCAGCCGUUUCAUUUACGAUUCCAAAUGGAUCUUAAUAAUAAUAAUAAUCAUCACUUUAAUCAAAGCCCAAGCCAAAUUCAAAUCAAUAAUCAUGAACUUAUUCAACGAUUACCUCAAGCACAACCAAUUCUUGAUUUUGAUGAUGGAACAAUGGAAACAGCAACGGAAAAAGUUCCUUCCAUUGAUUCAUUACCAAUCGAAUGGAUAAAUCAAUUGGAAAAUGAUGAUAAAAUUGACCAAGAAACAACAACAGCAGCAGCAGUAACAACUGUUAAAGAUAAUAAUAAAGUGGUACGACGAAAUCAAAAUCGUGCACAAAAUCUAUUAUUACUGGCAUUGAUACAGAAUUCUAUUGAAAAAAAUAAUGGUAAAGAUUUGGUGAAUAAAUUGUUUGAUGAUUUGAAAAAGUUUACCAGUCAAACAUUUCAAUGGCGAAAAAAUCGUAAACUAUUCGAUAAUCUAAGCAAAAGAAUUGAACACAAAAUUUUCGAACACUUAUCAUUCAUAACAACGAAAACGAUACGUGCAAUAGAUUCGAAUCAACCGAGACCAUUAUUAUUUGAUUCAAGAAAUUAUUAUGAUGAAGAUCGUUAUGCAAAAGAAUUUCAAGAACUUGAAAGAAUUGGCGGCGGUGGAAAUGGUAAAGUGAAUAAAGUACAACAUCGAGUGGAUAAACAACAAUAUGCAGUGAAAAUAAUUCAUUUAAAACAAGGACAAUUGGAUAAAUUGAAUCGUGAACCAAUUAUUUAUGCACAAUUAUCUCAUUUAAAUGUUGUUGAAUAUAAAACAUCGUGGAUACAGAAUUGUUCAUCAACAAUGGUGAAUGUCAAUGAUGGUCAUGAUCACAAUGACGAACCGACAACGACAAGUACUGGCAAUAACAAUCUACUUGGUGAUGACUUGAUUGAAAUCAUUUCAUCCAAAUCAAUCAAUGAUACGAAAAUGAAAGAAAAAAGUAAAUUUUUUCGUUCUUCAAAUUCAUCAUCAUCAUCCUCGUCAUCAUCAUCAUUAUCGUCGUCGGUCAAAGAUAAUGGAACGAAAAUGGUUAAAAAUGUUGGAAAACAAACGGAUGAAAAUAAAAGGGAAACAUUUCUUUUCAUACAAAUGGAACUUUGUGGCCAAAAUCUUCGUGAUUAUAUUGAAAAUCGGAAUAAAUCAUUUAAAACAAUUGAUAAUUUGAAUCUAUCCGUAGAAUUGAAAUGGUUCGCACAAAUUCUUGCCGGCGUUCGUCAUAUACAUGAUAAACAACUAAUACACCGGGAUUUAAAACCAUCAAAUAUUCUGUUUACAUUAGAUGGAAAACUAUUGAAAAUUUGUGAUUUUGGUCUUAGUUCUUGGAGUCUAAAUGCUUAUUAUAAGCCUGUGCAAUCAUCAUCAUCAUUAUCCAUCAAUAAUGAUCAUCAUCUACAAACAUCGCUAUCGUUCGGUAUGGGUACACCAUCAUAUGCAGCACCUGAACAAUUGAAACAAUCAAAGUAUGAUCAUUGUGUUGAUAUCUAUAGCUUGGGUAUCAUUCUAUUUGAAUUAAUCUAUCCAUAUGGUUCUGGUAUGGAAAAAUCAUUGAUGCUUGAUAAAUUAAAAAUCCAAAGAAUUCUACCAUCAGAAUUCAAUGAAAAUGAUCUUUAUAAAAUGUUUGGAAAAUUAAUUCUUGCCAUGACCGAACGAAAUCCGGCAAAAAGAAUCAAAACAAUCGGUGUGAUUGAAAGAAAAUUGUCAUCGAUCCAUUUUCAAUUGAAACGUAAACCAAGUAAUAGAAAAUCACAGUUAACGUUACAACAAACGCAAAAACAAGAAAUUAUACGACUAAAACGAGAAAAAAAACAAGAUACCGAAAGAAUUGCCGCAUUAGAAAAAGAAAUUCAAAUUCUUAAAUCUGAAAUCAAUAAUAAUAAUAAGAAUCAUAACAAUAAUGGGGAUGAUUUAUGUGAAAAGUCAUCAUCAUCAUCGUCAUCACUAACCAAGAAUCUUGCUGUGAAUUCCGGUAUAAGUUGUAGUAAUUCAGAAGCAAAUAUUGACAAAAUAACCGCAGCAAUAGGCAUUGUAUAUGAUAAUAUAUGGCAAUAUACUAAAAAUCAUAUGAUUAUUGUAUAUAAAGCAGUGAAAACCAGUUAUGAUGCAACUAAUCAUCGAUUAUAUCUACAUGAUGGUCAAAUGAUAUCGUUGGAAAAAAGUUAUCCAUCAUUUUUUAGUAAAUCCGAUGAAAAUUUAAAACAAGUUUGGAAUGAAAUGUCCACAGAUGAGAAUGGUGAAUAUAUGCGUCGUUUUAUAUCAUUGGGUUUGUUUGCUGAUCAACAAUCACAAUUUGCAUUGAAUUUUAUGAUUAGUUCGGAUGGAAAAAAAUUUCGCAAUAUUCUAUUUCGUGGUUCAUUAGGUACGAUAAAAUCUGAACAACGAAAAUAUCCACAAACAUCACAUCAAUCAAUUAUUAUUAUUAGUAGUGGUAAAUCGGAUCAUUUUGCAUCAUUAUUGAUCACCAUUGGUCAUAAUAGUGAAUCGAAUACAGUGCAAGUAAAUUGGGAUGUCGAAAUGAACAGACCGAUUGGUUAUCUUUGUUUUUCACUUUCACAACGGAAUGCAUUCCGAUUGCAAGAACAACAACGUCAUUGUAAUACAACCACAUUUCUAUUGCAAGCUGUACAUUAUGGAUUUAUUGCUGAAAAUACUGUCUAUUUGGUUGGAACAAAAUAUGAAGAACAAUAUGUAAUUUAUACGGAUAAAAUGGUAUUGGAAAAACGUAAUCAUGAAUCAAGAUUUUGGAUUAAAAAAUUACAAGAUUUUUUCCAUUGUCAAUCACCACCAUCACAAUUUGUGAAAGAAUCAGAUUCAAUACCAAAAGAACCAUGGCCAAUUGUUGGUGCUGGACAGCAACCAUCCACAACAAUUAAACCAUUUCAACGUGGACAAAAACCAACACAACCACCAACUGUAUUAAGUGGUCAAGGUGAUCAACAACAGCAACAUCAACUACAAGAAUUACCUGAAUUACCAGAAUUGUCAAAAUCGGAUAAAUUCUAUCGUCUUUUAACAUUGGUUAUUUUUACAGUGAAAAAUAUUCUAAUGUUGAUUAUCUUAUUUGUUGUUUUUUAUAUUGUUAAACAACGUGAACGUAAAGCCGCAACAGCGUGGUUCUUUAUGGUGGGAUAUCAAGAAGAUAUGGUUCCAGAAAAAAAUAAAUUCUCAUUGCCAUUAUUCAUUUCUAUAUAG